CUAGCCCGGCUUGGAUUUUUCCUCAAAGGCUACCCCGACGAAACUAUUAUGCCCGGCGAGAUUCGACCUUCAAUCACUCGGUCCAAAGGCAUCCACGAUUUGACACGUGCCCACCGUGAAAAUCUUGUCAAUGCACUCAAGUCAGGCACCCUUACCAUCCGAGCCGUCACAAGCGACACUGCUCGCACACGCCUCAUCAUGUCAAGAGACCCUAUCGUCAUUGGGGAGGCACCCAGACAUCGCUCAGUCCACUCCCACGGGCGACGUGCGUUUGCUAAUGGUGGCUUUGACCGAAAUGGGCCUCCC